AAAAAGGAGCCCAGGAGCAGGCACAUAAUCACCCCAAGCAGGGACGUUUGGGGCUUGGAGCUGAGCAGACUUAGCUGACAGCACCCAGACCUGGGGCUGGGACCCUGGAACUGGGGCUGAGCUGGGGAUAGGCUGCGCCACUCUGCCCUGACCUUGGGAUUGGCACCAGCUUCCGACCGGUACCUGGCAAAGCCUGGAAGUAAGUAUCCUGGGAGCAGGGGAGGUAGGGAUGGGGCAGGAUACAACUGUGAGAGAAGAUGCAAAGGAAUUUCCAAAGAAAGCCUGACCAGUGGUAAAAGGACCGGGGAUGACUUGUUCUUGUCUCCUAUCCACAAACUCCUCCCCAUCCCUGUUAUUCCUGCUGGGCCCUGGGCAGCUCUGAAGAGAGUCAGUAGAUGACUGGAGGAAGUCAAUGGGACUGAGGGGGCUAAGGGCCUGGCAGGUGACAGAGGAGCUAGGCCUUUGAGGGGUGCAGCUUUGGUAAGGAAGGCCCCCCUCCCCCGUUUGGUUCUGGGUCUCAGAAGGGAAGGAGGCAGAAAGGGUAUGGAAAUACUGCUGCUGCUGUAGCUCUGUAUUUGGCAAUUGGGUCUGUGGGCAGGAAGGAGCCCCAUGGUCCAGUUAGAAACCGGUCUUUGUGCUCUGCCAGAUCCCCUGAAGCCAGGUCCGUUGGUGAAGGGGUGAAGGCGGUAUACUGCAGAGGUGCAUCUCCUGCUGCGGAUCUUGGAGACGGACCAGAGUGCUCAGGCUAGGUGUGUCCAGGGCGGCAGGAAGCCUCAGCCCCCUACCCUCAUGCCUGUGUUCGCCCUCACUCUCCAGGUCCUUGCAGUGGCCACGGACACUACAUCUGGGGCAGUACCUCCACUAGGGGUCAUGUUCAUCGUUCCAUUGACUAUCACCAUACUGUCAGUGGCGCUGGCUGUGGGGCUUCCUGGCAACAGCUUUGUGGUGUGGAGCAUCCUGGUGAGGAUGCGGAAGCGCUCCGUCACGGCCUUGCUGGUGCUGAACCUGGCCCUGGCGGACUUGGCUGUCUUGCUCACUGCCCCCUUUUUCCUGUACUCUGUGGCGCGCCGCACCUGGACAUUUGGGCUGGUUGGCUGCCGCCUGUUUCACUAUACCUGCGGAGUCAGCAUGUACGCCAGCGUCCUGCUGAUCAUGGCCAUGAGUCUGGACCGCUCGCUGGCCGUGGCCCUCCCCUUUGUGUCCCAGAAGUUUCGCACCAAGGCCGUUGCCUGGUGGGUGCUAGCAAGCAUCUGGGUGAUGUCCCUUCUGCUGGCCACACCCGUCAUCAUGUACCGCACCCUGACGAAACAGAACAACCAUACCCUGUGCUUCCCGACGUACUCCAGCGAACGAGUCAAGGCAUUCCAUCUGCUCUUCGAGGCCUUUACCGGCUUCCUGCUGCCCUUCCUGCUGGUGGUGGCCAGCUAUUCGGACAUCAGGCGCAGGCUGCAGGCCCGGCGCUUCCGCCGCAGCCGCCGCACCGGUCGCCUGGUGGCGCUCAUCAUCCUGGCCUUCGCCGCCUUCUGGCUGCCCUACCACGUGGUGAACCUGGCCGAGGCGGGCCGGGCCCUGGCGGGCAGGGAGCUGGGGCCGGGGCCGGGGCGGAUGGGAGACCCGCUGCUGCUGGCGCGCCACGUGUUCAUCGCGCUGGCCUUCCUGAGCAGCAGCGUGAACCCCGUGCUGUACGCGUGCGCCGGCGGCGGCCUGCUGCGCUCGGCCGGCAUGGGCUUCUUCGCCAAGCUGUUGGAGGGCACCGGUUCCGAGGCGUCCAGCGCGCGCCGCGGGGACACCCUGGGCCCGAUGGUGAGGGGCGCCCCCGCCCCUUCCGAGCCCGGCCCCUCCGAGAGCCUCGCGGGCUCCAUCGACGCUCUGCAGUGAAGCGAACUGAACUAGGCCUGGGGGUUGCUGGUGGAAGGGCUCUGGCUGUCCUCGCGGCGGCGGAACGCUCCCCACGUUGGCCUGACCCAGUUUACCCCGAGGUGGAGGCGGAGGCGGAGGAGAACGCGAGGAGGGUGGAGCGGAAGAGGACGGAGGGGCGGGGCAGGUAAGGGCAGAGAGAAAGCCCGGAGCAGCUUUGCAAUUAAAACUGGUCUCACGU